AUGGUCCCUCUCAAACAGCUGGCUGUGUCUUUAGGUCCUGUGUUCUGCAUGAUCGGGGACCACAAAUUCAGCGCCCACCGGAUUGUCUUAGCAGCCUCCAUCCCCUACUUCCAUGCCAUGUUUACUAACGACAUGAUGGAGUGCAAGCAGGACGAGAUCGUGAUGCAAGGAAUGGACCCAAGCGCCCUGGAAGCUCUGAUCAACUUUGCUUACAAUGGCAACCUCGCCAUCGACCAGCAGAACGUCCAGGCGCUGCUGAUGGGGGCGAGCUUCCUGCAGCUACAGAGCAUCAAAGACGCCUGCUGCACAUUCCUCCGGGAACGGCUCCACCCAAAAAACUGCCUGGGUGUGCGCCAGUUUGCGGAGACGAUGAUGUGUGCCGUGCUUUAUGACGCGGCCAACAGCUUCAUUCACCAGCACUUUGUGGCAGUGUCUAUGUCAGAAGAGUUCCUGACCCUGCCCUUGGAAGAUGUGCUUGAGCUGGUGUCUCGAGACGAGCUGAACGUGAAGUCAGAAGAACAGGUCUUUGAAGCUGCUCUAGCCUGGAUCAGAUAUGACCGGGAGCAGAGGAGUCCUUAUCUGCCCGAGCUGCUAGCCAAUAUCCGCCUGCCUCUGUGCAGGCCUCAGUUCCUGUCAGACCGGGUGCAGCAGGAUGAUCUGGUGCGCUGCUGUCACAAAUGCAGGGACCUGGUAGAUGAAGCAAAGGACUAUCACCUCAUGCCAGAGCGCCGGCCCCAUCUGCCAGCCUUCAGAACUCGUCCUCGCUGCUGCACCUCCAUCGCCGGGCUCAUCUACGCUGUGGGAGGCCUCAACUCAGCAGGUGAUUCCCUGAAUGUGGUGGAAGUGUUCGACCCCAUCGCCAACCGCUGGGACAAGUGCCAUCCCAUGACGACAGCCCGCAGCCGCGUGGGCGUGGCCGUGGUGAAUGGCCUACUGUAUGCCAUUGGAGGCUACGACGGCCAGCUGAGGCUGAGCACCGUGGAGGCCUACAACCCAGAGACAGACACGUGGACGCGAGUGGGGAGCAUGAACAGCAAGAGAAGUGCCAUGGGGACAGUCGUGCUGGACGGGCAGAUCUACGUCUGUGGGGGCUACGAUGGCAACUCUUCCCUGAACUCUGUGGAGACCUACUCACCUGAGACGGACAAAUGGACAGUGGUGACUCCGAUGAGCUCAAACCGCAGCGCUGCCGGGGUUACGAUCUUUGAGGGCAGGAUAUAUGUGUCCGGAGGCCAUGACGGUUUACAGAUCUUCAACACUGAGGACUCUUCUGUCACCAUCGGCUUCUGA